AUGGGCGUCUUCGCCAACCUCUUCCGCCGAGACUCGCCACCCCGGAAAUCGUCGUCCAACAAGCGUCCGCCGCUCUCGACCCUCGACAUCCCGCUCCCUCCACCUCGACCUGCCGGCUCGGGCCCUCGUACGCCAGCCGCCGUGCCCCAAAUCCGCUCGCGUUUCGGCCCUCGCGACCCGUACAACGUCUACGACCCGCCGACUGCACAAGACUGGCCGCAGCUCGCCGGCGACCCCUCGCGACGACACGGUCCACCCAACCACCUCUCGCUCGACGGCGACUUUUCCGCCCUGCGCCUGUCCAACGCCCCCCCGACGACCGCAUUCAGCCCCUCGUCCUCCGUGCUUCCGACGCAGCACGCCCGGCCGGCACUCGCCCACGCGUCGACGUCCGCACCGGCCGUCUACCCUCCCCAGCCGGCUCGUCCUGUCGCGCCUCCUCCUGUCGCGACCCGACCACCGGCCGCUCCCUCUUCCCUUCCUUCACCUCCUCCGGCCUACCCGACCUUUCCUCCCGCUCCGCCAACCCUUGCCCUGCUCCCCUCGCCGGCGUCGGCUCGACCGCCUGCGCCGCCACGCCCGAGGUCGUCCCCUCACCCUCCUGCGGCCGGUCCUUCGUCAACCCGGCGCCGCUCGCGCCCUCCUCCAGCGAAAGCUGCGACGCCUCGAGGCCGACCCACGCCGGCUCCGGUCCUCCCUCGGAGCGCGUCCGCCCCCUCGUCCUCCACCUCGUCCGACACCACGUGCCGCGCCCUGUCGUCGUCAUCCCUCGCGAGCACGAGCAGCGCCAGCGACGACUCGCUCCCGCAUCCGAGUCGCUUGGGCACCACGGCGCGCUCGUCGCAGCCGCGCACGCCGGGCUCGGCGCGCCGCUCGACUGCCGCCGCAGGGUCGGCGACGCCGCGCGCAGGACGAGCGGCGCCAGGUUCGACGCCGCGCACGGGCACGUCGUCACCGCAGAAGCGCGUCGCGUCGUCGUCGGCGGCGGCGGUACCGCAGCAGCAGUGCGCGGCGCUCACGGCGCGCUCGACCCGGUGCACGAGGCUCGUGCGCUCGGCGGCCGGGUCCGCGCUCGAGCCUGAGCAUGCGCUCGAGGGCUACGUCGAGGAGCACGUGCCGGCGUACUGUGCGCAGCACGCGAGGGGCAAGCUGGUCGAGAGCGGGUGCUUCGUGCGCACGAGGAGGACGAGCGGCGAGGCGGCGCCAGGGGGAGCGGAACGUUGGGUACGCUAUGUCGACUGGAUACCCGAGGACUUGCCCGACGAGACCAAGGCGCUUCUGCGUCACUACAUGGCCCUCGCAGUCUCGCAUCGCGAUUGCCACGGAUUCCUGUACGUGCACGAGCUCGUCCCAAAGGGCUCGUCGCCCUCGCUCGACUACGGCUCCCCAGCCCUGAUCAAGCUCGGCCGCUCGCUGCGCCCAAUCGCCCGCCUCUCGCAGUGGCGCGCCUCGUGCCCGUCGUCCGAGCCCAUCGUGCGCCUCUUCGCGCCUGCGCUCCCCGACGUCGGCGCACCUGUCGGCGAGCCGCCGCCGACCGGCGUCCGCAACCACCACCGCUGGGAGCGCCUGUGCCUCGUCGAGCUCGCCGGGCGCGCCGCGGCGGCGGCGACUUUGGCGCCGGCAGCGCGCACGCCGUGCGCCGAUUGCGGCAGGACGCACGUCGAGUGCUUUUUGCUCCCGAGGGCGUGCGUCGUCGACGGCGGGUGGGACGAGCUCGGGUGGUCCGUCAGGGAGACGGUCGAGCGGUGGGCCAGGUGGUGCAACGACUUGGGCUAG